UAACGGUGGCGCGUUAAAUAUAAUACUGUGGUUACCUUUAUCGUGUUCGGUGAUAAAAGAAAAAAAAGGAAGAGACUCAAUAAGUUAAAAGGGAAAAGUAAAUGAAACUGGUCAACUUUCAGUGAUCCUGAUCGAUAAUUUAAAAUCGAUGCUCGGACCACUUCGCAUUCUUUUCGUCUCUUUCGUGCGGUUUUGCAACUGAAUUCUCCAACGGCAAACAAACUGUGACAUUAAAAUAACCAACAAAACUUGAUCCACACACGUCAAUAAUAUCGAGGAUAAUAUUUCGGUCAGACAAAACAUUUUUAACAAAUCGACCAUCCCACGACUCUUUUAAUCGAAAAUAAAACUUUCAAUUUUUCAUAAGAAUUAAUUCAAUUUAUCCAAAAUUAUAAUUAUUUUAAUAAAAUUCGCAAAUGCAUAUAUGUGUGUAUAUACAUUCAAGUACAAAUAUUCCCCUGUCACAGUACGUAAACAGUUUCUCACGUGACUGUUAUUGAAUUCAAUGGGUGUUCAACCGUAUAUCAUUAUAUCAUAUAAUUACUAUAAUUAAUAUAUCGACCAAUAAAAUCAUACGAAAUACAAUUUAGAGGGAUUAACCUAACAAAUGACCAUGUCAAAAGAAAUAAUAAUUAAUAUAUACCGAAUACCUUUGCUCGCCAUACUCAAUACAGAAGCUUUAUUUUCAACGUGUGAAAGGAGAAUUGAAAAGUGAAAAAAAAAAGAGAUCGAAGCAUGUGUGCCAAUGUAUUACGAUUACGUUUGUAUAUGGGUGGUACCGAAGCGGGGUGAAAAAAAUAUCUUGCUGUCGUGACGGUCACUGUGGCCAACGAAAGUUUCACGAUGUUAAGUUCACCUCCGGAGGAAACAUCAUUUCGGAGUCAGUUCUUGCCCACCGUCCGAAUCGAGAGGAGCUACCGAUUCUUUCAUAUUAUUCGAAUUGUCCAAAUUACAACUCAGUCUUUUGGCCGCGUUAAACAUUUAUCGGCAAAGACUCUUUGCGACGAGUGUUAACAUAGUGCAAUAUAUAGUGAUCCCUCGUAUUACGAACGAUCCAUUUCCUCUUCUGCUCGGCGCUCCGUCGGUAAAGAAAUUUUCCGUCUUUUCAAAAGAAGCCGUUACGCGUUCUUAAAAAUGAAGACUUUUCUCAUCGUCUUGUCAGCAAUGGUGGCCACCGCUUAUUGUGGUCAUUUUCUAAAUGCCGAUGGGACACCAUACGAUCCGUACCACAAUUUGCACGUACCACAUAAUCCGCCAUUGUAUCCAACAUAUCACAAAGUACCCCACACCGGAUUCUCUUGUAAAAAUCUUGGAAAUCGCCUUUGGGUAGAUGUCGCUGCACAAUGUCAGGCCUACCAUCUUUGUCACAAUGGUCGACUCGUUUCGAGUUACCUUUGUGGAAAUGGAACUCUCUUUAACGAGCAAUUCCAGGUCUGCGACCAGUUUUACAACGUUCGAUGCGGAUCGCCUUACGAGGAUCUGUAAAGCUUCACGUUGGACGGAGCAUUGACACUUAUGUGUAAGCAUUUACGCGAAAUCAGAUCUCUAUAUUUUCGUCCAUCUUAUGAUCGAAAUUCUUUUAGACGUAACGAAAGUGUAUUUAUUCAUAUACUACCUUGUAUGUACUUUGUGGGCUCGGCGCGUUUUUAUUUACGGUGAAACCUGUCUGAAAGUCUUGUGCUAUAAAAUUACGGGAUUGCACCUUUAGACGUUUGUUAAUCAUAUGAAUAUUAAAUAGAGACAUUACCUCUAUGUACUAUGUUAAAAACUCGAAAGGCUAGUGUCUAUUUGGUCUAUUAUGAGUGUAUGGAAAAAAAAAUAAUGAACGCAGUGUCCUGUUUAUUGCAUUUUGUGUGUAUAACAUUAUAUCGUAUGCGGUGUUGGUACAUUACACGAUAUAUCACAUCGUGUUAUGCUGUGCAACGCAGUUAUGUAGUUUUAUGCAUAAUUGAAUGAAUUAUUAAUAUACAUACAUAUAUAGAUAUAUAGAAACUCAAAGCAUCGCGAUACGUUAACGUAUAAUAACUCAGACAGAGCAGCGUGUUUUCAUUUUACUUAUUUUCUUUACGAUCAUACCUCGCGAUUACGUAUUGCCGUAGGACUUGAAAAAGAAUUUUGUAAAUUUAAUAUGACAAUCAUAUGUUACUUAAAUACCGUAUAAUCAGACGCAAAAUGCUAAAAUAUCAAUUUCAAGAUGCACUGAGAAGGACCAAGUUACUGUAGAUAAUUAAUAGGCUACUAAUUUAGUUUCUAUUCAAUGUACAUUUUCAUAAUAUUUAAUUAAACUAUCUAUUAAAUAUAAUAUUAUAUAAUAUCAUUAACCAUUUCCUGAUGUAGCUUAAUAUAUCAGAACGUACGUCAUGCACUUGUUGUAAUUUAAUUGUAUACCUUUCGUUACUCAUUCACCACAAUCCAUACGUGUCCAUUAUAAUUGCAUGAAAAUUAAAUAAAUUGACAAUCUUAAACUGCAACGAUAAUAUAUAUUUAUUAUAUCUUUUGUGAAAUGUAGGAAGUAAAUAUUUACUACGUUGAUACAUUUUUUUAUCUCUUAUCAUAUAGAUUAUUUACGUGUGCAACAGUUGCACUACAUAUUAGGAUAACCUACAUAAUGUCUCGAGUCACGGAAUAAUACUAUUUCAAAUAUCGACUCAUGAUGUUCAUGAAUAAAUUAUCUCAUUAAAAAAAAGUACAUUGGUUUUCAAAAAACCGGCAUUAGUUAAUAAAUAUAUGCUGUCGAAAUAACCGAGCGGAAGUGUCCCUUGCGCAACCCACUGCCUUCGUAUCUCUGAAACCGGUAUAGAUAGCUGGAUUGAUGUAGACAUCAUUUUCAAUCCACUGCUCGGUCGUAUUAAUUAAGAAUAAUAAAAAAACAGCAGAAAGUCACAGUCUUGUUAAAGAAGAAAGAAAACGAGAAUAAUAAGUUUGGAAAGUCCAAGUAUUUUACGUUUACCGUGUAAAACUGAUUUUUCGUUGA